AUGCAGGGCGAGGGGAAGAGGAUUGCGGAGUCUGGCGUUCCUGAAGCAGCGGCGAAGCGCGCGAAGACCAGUUCUCCCCAUGCCAAGGCAGCUCAUAAACGUGGGAGGGGCGCCAAACGUGCGGAGCAAGCGGGCUCUGUUGCGCUGUCACCUCUGGACGCCACUGACACUGAGGCCGCUGAACAUGGGUUCCAUACCAUCAGUGACUGGCUCACCAUGCCCACUGACUAUACGUCGACUUCUCAGGGGAGCAACAGGCGUCUAGCGGGAACCGCCGCCCAAUUCUUCUUUGCGGCUCAAAUCGGUUUUUCACAAAUCAUUAUGUUAAACGCCCAUUUGGCGAAGACCGUUGAUGAUAAUGCAGUUCAGAUUGCGAACCUUCAGAAGAGCGCAGGUGAAAACCGCCCGGUUUUGGUGGGGGAAGUUCUACGGAAGGUGGAGCGGGAGUUUGCCGAGCGGUUGGCCCAGAAGGAGCGGACUUAUCAGUGGAGAAGGAGGCCACUAAAAGAGCGCUAA